GAGAUGACUGAAGACAACUACUCCUGGACAGCAGAGUUCAUCCUCAUAGGAUUUACAGACCACCCAGACCUGAAGAUCCCUCUGUUCCUGGUGUUCUCUGCCAUCUAUCUGAUCACCAUGGUGGGGAAUCUUGGGCUGGUGGCCUUGAUCUUCACGGAACGUCGUCUUCACACACCCAUGUACAUCUUUCUGGGCAAUCUGGCUCUGAUGGAUUCCUGCUGCUCCUGUGCCAUCACUCCCAAGAUGUUAGAGAACUUCUUUUCUGUGGACAGAAAGAUUUCCCUGUAUGAAUGCAUGGUGCAGUUUUACUUUCUCUGUCUUGCUGAAACUGCAGACUGCUUUCUUCUGGCAGCUAUGGCGUAUGACCGCUAUGUGGCCAUAUGCAGCCCACUGCAGUACCACACCAUGAUGUCCAAGAAGCUCUGCCUCCAGAUGACCACAGGAGCCUACAUAGCUGGAAACCUGCAUCCUAUGAUUCAUGUAGGUUUAUUGUUCAAGUUAACUUUCUGUGGGUCUCAUGUAAUCAAGCACUUUUUUUGUGAUGUCCUUCCAUUAUAUAGACUCUCUUGUGUUGACCCUUACAUCAAUGAAUUGAUGAUUCUAAUUGUUUCAGGGUCAAUUCAAAUAUUUACCAUUACUACAGUCCUGAUAUCCUAUUUCUGUAUCCUUUUCACCAUACUCACAAUGAAGUCCAGAGAGGGAAGGAGCAAAGCCUUAUCUACUUGCGCAUCCCACUUUCUGUCUGUGUCAAUAUUCUAUGGGUCUCUGCUCUACAUGUAUAUUCGGCCGAGUUCAGUAAAUGAAGGAGAUAAAGACAUACCUGUUGCUGUCUUUUAUACUCUAGUAAUUCCUUUACUAAACCCUUUUAUCUACAGUCUAAGAAAUAAGGAAGUAAUAAAUAUGAUUAAGAGAACCAUAAAAAAGAGGCAAUUUUGUAAAAUUCUAAAACCAAAUCCUUUGGAAAAUUAA